UUGAAGGUUUCUAAUAGAUGAGAUGAGAUGAGAUGGGCUCUUGUGAAGAUGAUGAUGAUGAUGAGUAAAGAGAAAACUAUAUGAAACUCCCUUAAACCAACAAUAUCAGAGAUAUAUAUAUAUUAUCUAAUCUAUCUAUCUAUCACUCUUUUUUAUAUAUGGACUCCUCUAAUCUCCAUCAUCACCUCCAUGAUCAUCAUACACAGUUUCUGGUUUCUUCUUCUUCUUCUUCAUCAGCAACAAUAUCCCCUUCUUGCUUUGGACUUGCUCAUGAAACCACCCCUCUUCAUCCCACUUCUUCAAGCAUCAAUCUCCUGAGCCAUGGCAACUUCAAUCCAAGCAAUAGGAAUCCUGGAGCUCAUCAUGUUGAUAUAUGCUCGAGGGAGAUGAGGGUGCAAAAUGACAUUUCAGCCCCUAAUUCUCUGAAUAAUUCCAUGGCCCAGGAUUUUGGUUAUCAUCAAUAUUGGGGAUGUGGUGAUUUAGUAGGAGGAAUCAAUAACAAUAAUAAUAAUAAUAAUCAUUCUGGCCAUGAUUAUGGAUCAUCAUCUUCAUCAUCAGAUUCAUACCCAAAAUUCACAGACUUGCUGUUGCAAAGUUCAUCAGCACUACCAGUAGUAGUUAAUAAUAAUAAUAAUAAUAAUAGUCUAGGGCAAGAUCUCAACAUGCAACCCACAAGCUAUGAUCUAUAUUCGAGUAAUAUGAUCUUCCCCACCAUAAACGUAUCAAAUCUGAACCAGCAGCAGCAGUCUACGUUGGAGAUGAAUCUUGAAGCCUUGGAUCUCUUUUCUUCUGGGAGAUUUGACCAUAAUCUUUCUAACUUGUACAGAUCACCCGAUUCUAAUUUCUCCUCUUAUCCCGGCCUUGCCCAAUUGCACCACCACCACCAACAACAAUCAAGUCACGGUUGCAGGCCCAGCUCCAUUAACACCUCUACUAAAUUAUCAGAAGCAGCAAACUUUAGCUUAAUUGGUGGUAAUUAUGGAGGAGAUCGUGUAAUUAAGAGGGCAGCUUUGAGUGAUCCGGCCGGCAGCAAUAGUUUUUCAGAGCCAAAUUUGAUGAUGAAACCUAAUCAUAAUAAUAAUAAUUCUCUCUCUCAUAACCAUCCUCCUCCACAAAAGAAGUCCCGUUCUGACUCGCGUGCUUCUUGCCCACCCUUUAAGGUUAGAAAAGAGAAGCUGGGAGAUAGAAUUGCAGCACUUCAGCAGUUGGUUGCACCUUUUGGCAAGACAGACACAGCAUCAGUUUUAAUGGAGGCUAUUGGCUACAUCAAAUUCCUUCAAAACCAGGUCGAGACUUUAAGUGUGCCAUACAUGAAGGCAUCUCGAAACAAGCAAGCUGAACGAACAAGACAACAAACGAUGAUGAAUUCAGAAGAUCAGUUAGAGAAGAAGGAAGAACCGGGGAGAGGACUGAGGAGUCGAGGAUUGUGUUUGGUGCCAUUGUCGUGUUUGUCAUAUGUUACAGAUGGAGGUGGUGGCAUUUGGCCAGCAAAUUUCAAUGGAGCUUAAAUUAAAACCCUAAGAAGAAACAAGUGCAAUGAUCCAUGCAUGGCCAUGGACUACUACUGGUGCUUCUUUCAAAUGGAGCAAAUUUGGUCAACCUGAAAACUAGGAUAGACCAAAUUUGAUCCAUUCAAUGUUGUCAAGAAGAUCAAUAUGUCUAAUUACUUAGUUUGCUUCCCAUGGAUCUUAUCGCUUUCUCCAAUUUUAGGACAAAAUUAUUGUCUUUGCAAGGAAGAAUUUAUCGGCGUGCUAACAUAAAUUUAGAGAUGUUUAGUUCAA